ACUUAAAAAAAAACACUUGGACCAAACAAUAGUUUGCUCCUCGAAGAUAAAAAGGAAAAAUACAAAGAUAGAGAGAAAAGGAAAAGAUAUUUCAAAUCGCUUUUUACAGAGGUAAAGUCAAACUAUUUCUUCUUUAUCACAAUUUGCAGUUCCUCUCUCUAUAUAAAUAUCAUUUCGUAAAUUGAAUAAAGAAACAUACACAUACACAUGAACACUCGCAGAAAAGUUCAAGGUCAAAAGAGUUGAAUGAAAAUGAAAAGAAAAGACCUUUUUUAAUUAAACUGUUCAAGUGGAGUUUUCUUUAUUCGGUGUUAUUGUUUAAUUGUUUUGAUAAAGUAAGUUGAUAACGAUUUUUUAGAAGGAAAUCAAAAGAGUGUUGAAAGUUGAAAGAAAGAAACAGAUUUAGAAGAUAAUCAGAAAAGAUGGACAAAGAUAUUUCAGGUGAGUUGUUUGUUAUUUUAUAUUAUUAGUAUUGAAUUAAUUAUAUAGGUAACGACUAUUGCAACUAUUGCAUUGUUAAUAUAUUUAUCGAUAAGAUUUAUAAAUCGAUUCAAAUAGAAAAGCAAACGAUCGAUAAUUGUGUUUCUUCUAUCUCUCUUCCAAUUAAAACUGAAAUAUAGAAAAGAAGAUUCCAAAGUUAAUUUGCUCUUUUAGACUUCUCUUGGCAAUUAUCGCCUUUAUGGGCUUUGUUAACAUUUAUUCGCAAAGAACCGGAAUUAGCGUUGCUGUAGUUUGUUUUGUCAAUCAUACUGGCGUUCGUGAAAAAUAUGAAAAAGAAAUAAAUUCAUCGAAAUCGGAAUCGGAAUCGGAAUGCCACCACUCAACAACUGCCAAUGUUUCAAAGCCGGAAGGAGAGUACAUCUAUAGUAAGAGUGAACAAGGCCACAUACUCUCUGGAUUCUUCUAUGGAUAUAUCAUCUCCCAAAUACCUGGAGGACGAAUGGCUGAAAUAUUCGGUGGAAAGAGGAUCUUUGCUCUUUUUACUGCUAUUGGGACAAUUGGCACUCUAUUAACACCAUUAGGGGUUCAUCUAGGUUUCGUUCCCGUUUUAAUUAGUAGAAUUCUUGUUGGAUUUGGAUCGGGAGCGGUGUUUCCAAUAAUGCACGCAAUUUGGGGUCAAUGGGCUCCACCGAUGGAGAGGUCAAAACUAGUGUCAAUUUCCUACGCCGGGGCAAUGAUGGGCAGUGUCCUCUCCUUGGCAACAUCCGGAGCUCUGUGCGAACACGGAUUUGCUGGCGGUUGGCCAUCCAUCUUUUAUAUAACAGGUAUAACAUCGGCGCUAUGGCUCAUUUUAUGGAUAGUAUUCGUUAGCGAUAGCCCAUCCAAUCACAGGUUCAUAGGAAAAGAAGAGCAAUCUUACAUAAUAGAUUCGUUAAAAGGUCAGGUAUCGGAUAAAUCUAAAAAGAGCGUCACUCCUUGGACAAAGUUUAUUCGAUCACCGGCAGUACUUUCGAUUUGUUUCGCAAACUUUACAUCCGAUUGGGGUUUAUAUACCUUUCUAACUGUUCUACCAACAUUCUUAAACGAUGUCCUCAAGUUCGAUCUGGGAUCUAACGGCUUGUUUUCGGCUCUUCCCUGGGUCGGCUUAUGGGCAAAUAUGAAUAUAUCACCUAUUAUUGCCGACUAUUUGAUAUCGUCCAAUAAAUUAUCGGUUGGGUUAACUAGAAAAUUAAUGACCUCAAUAGGAGCGUUCGGAGCUGCCAUCUGCCUGAUCGGAAUACCGUUUACCGAUUGUAGCUCUUAUAAGAUAACGAUAGCCUUAUUGGUAGCUGGAGUGACUCUAAGCGGUUGCCAGUAUUCUGGAUUUUUAGUUAAUCAUAUGGAUAUUGCUCCGAAAUAUGCUGGAACCCUAUUCGGCAUUUCAAAUAUGAUAGGUGCUAUAGCGGGAGUAUCUCCCAGCGUUGUUGGACUUAUAAGAACCAACGUUGCGAGCGUUAGUUCUCAAUGGAUGAUAGUCUUCUUUCUAUCGGCCGCUCUCCUCAGCUCAGGAGCUAUCGUUUUCAUUAUAUUUGGGUCAGGUGACCUCCAACCGUGGGCUAAAGAGGAGGAAGACACGGAAGAGGGUCAGGAAAUGAUUAAUGUUCCAGAAAACGGAAGAUAUCCAGCAGAGGGAGAUAUUGGUACUUCUCCACAAGCUGCUUCAUAG